AUGGUGAGUUUCUAAAAAGCUUCUACUUAGCCUUGAGUUCAACAUUCACAUAGGCCACCCACAUUGGGAAUAAAUACUAACUAUGGCAGGGAUAAGGUAGAAUACGACUUUUUUCUAUUUUUCUGUGAGCACGAACUUAUGUUUUGUUUUCAGUCCAAGGCCGCCAAGAAGAAGUCCUCCAAGAAGCGCUCGGGAUCCGAGGCCGCUCAGUUCGACCAGAAGACCAUCCAGGAGUUCAAGGAGGCUUUCGGAAUCAUGGACCAGAACAAGGACGGAAUCAUUGACAAGGUAAUCAGUAACCCUUUUGAGUGCUUCUAAUUCAGUGUGUUUUUGUUCAGUCUGACCUCAAGGAUCUCUAUGCUUCCAUGGGACAAAUUGCCCCGGACAGCCAGAUCGACGCCAUGAUCAAGGAGGCCCCAGGACCAAUCAACUUCACCGUCUUCCUCACCCUUUUCGGAGAGCGAUUGACCGGUAAAGCUAACUGAAUGAGAAUAUGGGGACUAAUGACGUGGCAUUUCAGGAACUGACCCAGAGGCCACCAUCGUCGGAGCCUUCGCCAUGUUCGACAAGAAAGACGGAGGAAAGAUCAAGGAGGACGAGCUCAUCAAGAUCCUUCAAAACAAGAGAGGAGAGCCAUUGGACGAGGACGAGAUCAAGGCUAUGUACAAGGUAACGAUUACUUUACCUGAUCCUCGUAUGCUCAUUGUGCUCGCUUUUGCAGGGAAAACCACCAAUCGAGGGAGGAGAGGUCGACUACAAGGCCUUCGCUCACCUCAUCACCACCGGAGCCCAAGACGAGCUCGCCAGCGCCUGA